ACUUUUGUUUGCCGCAAAGUUCGUCCUGAAAUAGCUGUAAUCGUGACAGCUGUGGAAAUGAAUGAUUCACGUCUUGGACAGUCGUCUAACGCAGUUGUAAAGGAAACAUUAGAAAUAACUGCCAAUCAAUGUAUGAAUGAAGAAUCCAAUGAAAAGAAUACAUAUGGAUGUUCAGAAUACUUGAAUAAUAUCUACUUUGUUCAAGUUGAAAAUACAGGCUAUGGCACAUAGAGCUGAAGAAGUUGCUCGUCAUUUAUGGAUGAGUGGUUGGGAGGUUGUAAAUUUUCAACGACUACCUGCAUGGCUUAAAGAUAAUGAUAUGCUGUUACAUGGUCAUCGACCUGAAUUAAAUAAUGUAUGGGCUUGUGUAAAAUCAGUUUUUCGUAUUCAUACUGAAACUGGUAACAUAUGGACACAUCUUUUAGGUUGUUUCAGCUUUACCAUUAUAUUUUUAUUUAUGUUAUGUCAACGGAGCAGUUUAUUACAAUGGCAAGAUAAAUUUGUCUUUUCAAUAUUCUUUCUUGGAGCAGUUUGCUGUCUUGGAUUCUCAUGUGUUUUUCAUACAAUAUCCUGUCAUUCUGAAUAUGUUGCACGAAUCAUGAACAAGCUUGAUUAUGCUGGAAUAGCUUUUCUUACAGUUGGUUCAUUUGUACCCUAUUUAUACUAUACAUUCUACUGUAUAUUUUGGGCUAAAGCAUUUUAUUUAAUAUUGAUUGGAGUAUUGGGAAUUUCUGCAGUUAUUAUCUCAAUGUCAACAAAGUUUGCUACUCCACCAUUUCGACCAUUAAGAGCUGGAGUUUUUAUAGCUCUUGGUCUUUCAGGUGUUAUUCCAUGCAUACAUGCUAUCAUUAUCAAUGGAUUUUGGCAAUCUGUUAAUUAUGGUUCACUUGGUUGGUUGUCUCUUAUGGCUGUACUUUAUAUUUCUGGAGCAGCUAUCUAUGCUGCAAGAAUACCGGAAAGAUGGUUUCGUGGACGUUUUGAUUUAUGGCUUCAAAGUCAUCAAAUAUUUCAUGUGUUCGUGAUUGUUGCAGCAUUUGUUCAUUAUCAUGGAGUAAUUCAACUAGCCAAUUAUCGAUUAUCAGAAGGUGACUGUCAUCCAUUAGUAGAUAUCUUUUUAAAUAAUCAUAAUUUCUAUUCACUUUUGAAUGUAUCAAAACGUUUUGUUAAUCCAUAAUAAAAAAAGAAGAGAAACAUGUUGAAUUGUUAAAAGAUUUUAUUUGAGCACUGACACACACACACACACACACACACACACACACAAGGUGUGAAUAGUUCAAGUUGAAUAUAACAAUAGUGAAAUAGUUACAAUUGAAUGUAUCAUUGUUUACUAUUCUCCCUAAAUAUAUCAUUCU